AUGGGAAAAUUUGUCGUUCUUCCUUUUGUCUCUUCCAUCUUUCUUCUUGUGAGUAUUGGCUUGACAAUCACAUCACUUCCUUUGUCAUGGGCAAUGGCAAAUGUACAAACCACAAAACAAAGUUAUCAGUUUUAUUUGUUGCACUGGACAAAUGAUGGGUGUAAAGACAUCAGUACCACUGGUGAAGAGCUGAGCACAACUCGUCGAUUUGGGUAUUCAGACACUUAUGAAUUUUCAAAGUUAGCACCAUCUGGUAUAGUUGCUAUGACAUUGUUGAUCACGUCUUGUGUUCUUUCUGGUAUAACUGCGCUUUACUACUUGCUUCAUGCUUGUGGGCCAACACAGAAGUGUUUGAAAUCCAUGAAAUUGAAUGUUGGUGGACGGACUUGGAUAUUAUUAGUAUUUGGUAUAGUGAGUUUGGCAAUCAACAUUGUUGGGAUGAUUCUGUGGCUUGCUCUCUUCUUUGCAAACAACAUAUCGGAAUGGUUAGCUCAAAGUUCUCCAAACCCGUUCAUUGGGUUUUACAUUGAACUUGGCUCCAUAGUAGUAGCUGCUUUUGGUAUUCUUAUUGGUAUGUUCUGGAAGCACAGUUAG